AUGACCACAACAAUUGCCGAGGCAAUGAACUCUAUGUUGAUUGCCAAAAGGGAGUACCCCAUGGCAUCCAUAUUCAAUUUGAUUGCUAAGAGAUUUGGUGAAAUAUUUAGGGAGAGGCGUGCCUAUGUCGUCAAAUCUAAGGAUAAAAAAUUUGUGCUCACCGCCGAAAAGAUCUUAAGGGACAAUAUAAGCGAAGGAAACUCCUUCUAUGUGGAGAAUAUAAGCGGGGACGAAAGACAAUUCACAGUGUUCAGCAGUGGCUGUACGACCAAAGUUGACCUACUGGAAAGGUCGUGUUCUUGCAGGAAGUUUGAGCUGGUCAAAAUACCAUGUGCUCAUGCGAUGAUUUCUUUGAGAUUGAAGCACAAUGAUGAUUAUGGUUUGAGAGUCUAUGAUUACUCUUCGCCCUUGUAUAAAAUGGAAGAGCACCUUCUUGCGUAUUUGAAAUCUAUUAAUGUUGUUCCUUUGGAGUCCAAAUGGCGCAUGCCAUAA